AUGUCAGCCAAAGCCAGCGGCGCGGACGCAUCCUCAUCCGGAGACGGAACCGGGGCGCGGCACCGGCAGCACCACGACGGGUCGGCGGGGCGCGCGUACACGGCGGAGCAGAAGGCGGCGGUGCUGCGCAUCCGCAAGUGCGCGGCCACGGCGUACUACGAGAUCCUGGGCUUGGAGGAGCGGCGCGCGGCGUGCUCGGACGCGGAGAUCAAGAAGGCGUACCGCAAGCUCAGCCUGCUGACGCAUCCGGACAAGAACGGGUACGAGGGCGCGGACGAGGCGUUUAAGUCGGUGUCGAGGGCGUUCCAGGUCUUGUCGGAUCCGGACAAGAAGGCCAAGUUCGACAAGUUUGGCGGCGAUCCGGAUAACAGGUUUGGCGGUGGCGCAUCCGCGGCCGGCGCGUCGCCCUUCAGCGGCUUUGCGAGGUCGCCCGGCGGACCAGGCGGAGGGUUCUACCAGGAGGAGAUGUCGCCAGAGGAGCUGUUCAGGCAAUUCUUUGGCGGAGGAUUUGGAGGAGGAGGACCUUUUGGCGGCGGUAUGGGUUUCGACACGGGCCCUGGCUUCGUCUUCAACCUCGGCGGAGGCCCCGGCAUCCGCGUGCACCAGUUCGGUGGUGCGAGACCACGCAGACGGCCGACGGCGGCCGAACAAGCCGCCCAGGCGCCCAGCAUCAGCAGCGCCCUCUCGUCGCUACUGCCGUUGCUGUUCCUGUUCAUCUUGCCGCUGCUGUCAUCCAUCUUCUCCGGCUCGAGCUCAACGGCCACGGGGCCCUCGCUGCGCUUCGACGGCGCAGCUCCACCGCACACGCUGCAGCGCACGUCGGCACGCCUGAACAUCCCCUACUGGGUCAACCCGGCCGACGUGGACGACUUGAGCGGGCGUAAGCUAAAGGAGCUGGACCGCACGGCCGAGGUGCGGUACAUGAGCCAUCUGAACGUCGAGUGCGACAUUGAGCAGCAGCGCCAGGCGCGGCUGAUGCAAGACGCGCAGGGAUGGUUCUUCGUCGACGAGACGAAGAUGAAGGAAGCGAGGAAGAUGCCGAAGCCGAGCUGUACCAGGCUCAGGGAGUUGGGGUAUGGACGGUGA